AUGGAAGAAGUAAAGACACAAGUUAUAUUGGAAAAUACCAAUUUGAUUACCAAUUCAUUUACUAUUUCCAAUUCUACCUCAAAAAAGAAGAAGAAGAAAACUACUUCCAAUGAAAAGAUUAGUGAAACAGUGAAGGAUGAAUCUGAUAAAGAUCCUCUAAUACAACAAAUUAAUAAUGGCAAAGCGGAGUUGAAAACUGUUGAAGACGACGAAGAGGAGGAAGAGGGAGAAGUGAACGGUUCUGAAGAGGGAGAAAUAUGUGAAUAUAAAAAUGAUAACUUGCAAAGGAUAACAAAUGAAGAGAAAAGAUAUCUUGAUAGAAUGCACUAUGAAAACUAUAAUGAACUUCGACGCGCUGCCGAAGUGCACAGACAGGUAAGAAAAUAUGCUCAAAAAACUAUUAAGCCGGGUAUGACAAUGAUUGAGAUUUGCGAGUCAAUUGAGAACGGAACUCGUACAUUGAUAGAGGAGAAUGGUUUAGAAGCUGGUAUCGGCUUUCCAACUGGAUGUUCACUGAAUCACUGCGCGGCUCAUUACACGCCGAAUUCGGGUGAUAAAACUGUCCUCCAAUAUGAUGAUGUUUAUUCCGCAUUUACUCUCACUUUUAACCCAGUUUACGAUAAGCUUAAGGAAGCAGUCAAAGAUGCAACAAAUACCGGAAUUCGAGAAGCUGGCAUCGACGUAAGAUUAUGUGAUAUUGGAGCUGCUAUUCAAGAAGUCAUGGAAAGCUAUGAGGUAGAAAUCAAUGGAAAGACUCAUCAAGUUAAACCAAUUCGUAAUCUGAAUGGCCACUCUAUACGUCCAUAUCAGAUUCACGCAGGAAAAUCUGUGCCAAUUGUGAAAGGGGGUGAUCAAACUAAAAUGGAGGAGGGAGAAAGUUUUGCUAUCGAGACCUUUGGUAGUACUGGAAAAGGUUAUGUUCAUGAAGAUGGUGAAUGCAGUCAUUACGCGAAACGGCAUGAUAUUGGGCACGUACCUCUACGAGUUACCAAGGCGAAAUCUUUGUUAAAUAGUAUUAACAAACAUUUUGGUACAUUGCCGUUUUGUCGCCGUUACCUUGAUCGCGUUGGUGAAACAAAAUACAUACUUGCGUUGAAGAAUUUAGUUGAUUCUGGAAUUGUGGAAUCCUAUCCACCAUUGGUUGAUAUUAAGGGAUCAUAUACAGCACAAUUUGAACAUACCUUAAUUUUGAGACCUACUUGCAAAGAAGUUGUUAGUCGUGGGGAAGAUUAUUAA